GUUAUUCAGGGCUACAGCGCGUUCUCCAUAUCAUAAUCGCAAUGCGAGGAUAAAGAUUCUUUUUUGCCCGGACUCUAAAGCAACGCAUGGAUGAUUUCGGUUGCGACAUUUUUUAUCCGGGAUGAUUCGUUUGUGUGCGUCCCAUCUAUACCAUUUGGGUCCAAACGUCUUUAACAAGCACCUAUUGACGCGACGUUCUGAUUUUAUUUCCUAUUUCAUAUACUUAUGUACGUCUGCCAUCGGCGAAUCUCAUCUAUCCGCUUUGCUGUUGGCGCGCUUAUAGUUCGAGCAAAAAGCCAGCUUGGGCAAAAGACAUCAAAUCUUUCAAAUGCACGAGAUUGCGCGCUUCCAACAUGCCUGAAUGAGGCCAGAGCUACGAGUGACUACUGCAGCGAGGAAUGUGCUAUCAAGGGCAUCGAACUCGAGGCGCUACAGGCAGUGAUGAACAAAGACCCUAGGCCGGCAGCAAUUAUGAUCCCACCUGCGAAAUCUUCUGCACAAGCUGCCGCAAGAAAACUGUCCUCGCCCGUUCAGCCAUUGUCCCCUAUCCAACUGAAGUCACCCGGUUCACCCAAGGCCGAACAGAAUCCAGUACGAUCAACGGCACUCAAGGGCCUCACGGACAGUCUGAUGGUUGCGUUCGAAAACAAACCCCAGCAGCAAGAAGCGGAUCUGGAGAAGGCCAGUAGACUAGCAGCGGUCAUCGAGAAGGAACUCUAUAUGUUCACGGCGACCCCAGGACAAUCCGGCUGUGGAAAGGACUACAAGGCCAAGUACCGCUCAUUGUUUUUUAAUCUAAAGGACAAAAACAACGAGAGUCUUCGAGCCCGUGUGCUGUCUGGAGAGUUAGAACCCCAUGAGCUCGUCCGCCUCACACCUGAGGAGUUAGCUAACCCAGAGCUGCAAAGCAUUGCCGAGGAAGUGAGAAAGCGAAGUAUUCAUGACUCCGUACUCACAAUCGAACAAGAACCUUUUAUCAAAAAGACCCACAAGGGUGAUGUCAGCUACAUCCCAGGACCGUCCAUGAUGAACGAAUCAUCCUCGACGUCGAGCACCAAACCUGAGGACAAGGAUUAUGAUAAAGAACCAAACCAGGAUUUGACAGCGGAGGAAACUCCCGCGGAGGAAACUGUGCAGGCACAGCAGAGCUCCAGCAAGUCGACGCCCGUGGGAUCACCGACGACAGAUGCCCUGGAUAAGCUGCUGGCGAGAAUUCAAACUAAUAAACGUUCUGGUGAAGAGGUUCUGAAUGAUGCCCUCACAGGCGAGAAACGCAAGAAGCUGAGCGAGGGAGGUCCGGAUGGAUUGGCUUGGGUGUCCUCCUCCUCGUCAUAUCUGCCAAGAGAGCCCUCGCCCUACUCACCGUCGCCAUCACCAUCAGGAUCACCUGCACUAUCCUCGACAACUCCACCAGGUUCACCACCACCACUCAUGCUGGAGGGAAUUGAGCGAAGGCUGAAGAGCGGUGCGUCCUCAGCGAGCAAGCAGGUGCUCCCGGUGUGGCAAGGCACCGUCUACAUGCACCAGGUUACCAAGUUCUUCGCUAGGGCUGUCCAAGUUGGCGGGAGCAGAGUCAUUCCUGGCCGACCAAGUUCUGAUCCUCUCGUGGAAAUGAUUGCACCCGAAUGGGCUGAUAUCUUGACCAAGACCGUUUCGAUUGAUGGUCGCAUUCCAACCGCAGCCGUAGCGAGCUAUGUGGCACAGCAACGACAGUCGGCAACAAAGGAGGUGGUCGUCGUACAGUUUGAACUCGAGGACCCAUCCCCGGCAUCUUUGGAGAAGCGGAAAGCCGAAUUCGACAAGCUAUUCCACUACUUCUACGACAAGGAUCGUAACGGAGUCGUGCCAAACAAGGGGCGACAUGUUAAGGAUAUGUAUUUGGUCCCUGUCGCAUCCAAGGAUCCGCUUCCAGUGUACCUGCAGAACCUCAUGCAGGUCGAGGCCCUAGUCCGUGCGAGAGAGCCCAGGAAGGACGCGUUGUUUGGAGUGCUGAUUGUCAAUAAAGCAUCGUCUCAUCACCACAACCGGGACCAUCAGCAUCAUCAUGGUCAGUCGCCAUCGCAUGCCAAAGCGAGCUCAAGUCACCACAGGCACUCCGGUGCAUCCGCCUCGCGUCCUUACCCAACCCAACAUGAACGGCGCGACAGCAGAGAAAGCCAAUCGAAUGGAUAUACACGACGUUCGUCCACGGUUCAUUCUCCGAGCCAGCAGCCGCCAGCGGUGUCGUCGCUCUUUUCGAUCGGAACGCCUAUGAGUGCUCCUGCUUCUCCUUCCCAAAACGCAACAUCCGCCACGCCAGCAAUAACAGCGCCAAUCAAGGUGCCGACACUACAAGAACUGCAAGGAUUGGUCAACCAACUUUUUCCUGCUGGUAAUCCAGGAACCCCUCCGGUUGCGAUCUCGAGCCCUGGAUCCCAAACUUCUCAAGGAUUGACACCUGCAGCAGCAGCGGUUACCGCUCAAUUGAGCGGCACGAGCGCUUCAAGCCUUAUUGCCGGACUGCCGGCCAAUUUGGCUAUGAACCUUGGCCAGACCAUGGCUCAGUUUAACCAACAGCAGAAUGUCCCCGUGUCUCAUGGACAGCCUUAUUUUGCAAGACCUCCGCCACCACCACUGCCUGCUGGUAUGCCAAUUCCGCCACCAGGGAUGCCAGUGCCUCCGCCUGGCUUCCCGCCACUGCCUCCACACCUGCUAGCUCAACAGCAACAAGGGCGGCCGCCUAUGCCAAUACCACCAGUUCCUCCGAUGCCGCCCAUGGCUCCGCACCAGCUGCAAGCAUUUUUGGCGCAACAUCAACUACAGCAGCAGCAAGGACAGCAAGGGCAACAAGGUCAACCUCCGCAAGCAAUGCCACCAAUGUCACCGUUUGGACCAGGCUUUCACCCACCACCUCCACGUCCAAAUCCCCAACAUGUACUGCAACAACAGCAGCAGCAGCAAUAUCAACCGUAUCCUCCACCUUCUCAAGGACAAUGGCCUGAGCAGACACAUCAUGCUAGGCCCGAUCAAACCCGGAGGCGAGAUUGGUCGUGAUAAAAAAACAGCAGAGGAUACAUUAAAUAUAGUCACUGAAUGCACACAGUGAAAAUGCACAUUGUAUUGCUUUUUUUUGAAUUCCUUUUUCUUUUCUUUCUUCAUUUUACGUUAUUCUACUGCUGCAGCUGGAUUUGUUGCUUCUUCGCAAGCGACACGAGCGAUGAGAAGUUGGGACCGUUAGGAUUGCUGCACAGUGGUUGAAGGAGAAAGGCGGUUUGAUUAUAAUUAAUAUUGCUAAUAAAGCAGAAUAACACAUCUUGCAAUAUAAACGAAUAGACGAUUUUCGUACCA